AUGGGAUUAACAAUAGCACAAAAGUAUGUUAUUUUUUCUCAUAAAGCCUUAAUUGGAAGUGCCACUGAGAUUUGUGCUUUGCUUUUCCUUCUGCGCCUUAUUGCGAUCCGACAAGAAUUUUAUACUUGGAGAUUGAACAAAAAGGAAGCUAGAAAAGCCCCUUCUGGGGUUCUUGUUGAGGAACCACCUUUGAUAGAAUCAAAACCUGCAAAAGAGAUUGAGCUAAAAAUCGUCGAAUUGGUGGAAUAUCCAAAAUCCAUGGUCAAAGAAAAGAAAGAAACUUCAUGGGUUUGUCUCAGAAAAACUAGUCUUGAAAUGGAAAAUUCCUCGUACUCUUAUGAUGACAUUUUCCCUCGUGUUACCAUGCAUCAGAGACCUGUUGAUCGCGGUGGCCUUCCUGGGUUCAAUUUACAUUGCUUCGUUGUUGAUCAGAUCCUCUUACGGAAAUAUUACCAAACUGAUAUCUACAAGAGGUUUAGGGAUGAAAUGGAAAAGAAUGAAAAAGAAAUGGCGGCGCUUUCUACUGGGUAUAAUCAGUCUCACAGCAUAUAG